AUGGGCUUAUUUGGAAAGAAAACUUUACCCACUCCUCCUGCUCCUCCUGCGCCUUAUCAUACGCUAUCUAUUAACCAGGUAGUCGAACAUACAAAAACUGAUCCUGACGAUGGUCUUACUACACGUGAAGCUGCUCACAGGCUUGAUUUAUAUGGGUUCAAUGAAUUAUCAGGACAAGGGAAUGUCAGUGCCCUUUCCGUUUUAUUUAGACAAGUAGCAAAUGCUUUGAUGUUAGUCUUGGUCAUUGCAAUGAUAAUUUCAUUUGUAUUUGAAGAUUACGUGGAAGGAGGUGUCAUUGCCUUUGUUGCUGUAUCAAAUGCAUUAAUUGGAUUUGCCCAAGAGUAUCGUGCCGAGAAAACUAUGGAAUCUUUACGCAGAAUGGCUUCUCCAACUACAAGAGUUAUAAGGGGUGAUUCGUUGAUAUCCGUUUCGACAAGAGAUGUUGUAGUUGGCGAUGUUAUCGUAUUCGAAGAGGGAGAUGUUAUAGGUGCGGAUGCUCGACUUUUUGAAGUACUUAAUUUAGAAGUGGACGAAGCAUUAUUGACGGGAGAAUCUGUUCCUAAUUGA